GCUCUUUUAAUUCUUAUGUUUUAAAAUUUAUUAAAGAUAUUACAAUUAUCUUCAGUUGCUCAUGAAAUUGGACAAUCUCGGUGAGACUUUUGCAAUUCUAUCCUUUAAUAUAGGUCAAAUAUUUCGUCUAUUCUGCUUAACGUUACCAAGUCAACGUUUAAUAGAUCAGAGUAAUCAACUCACACAGAAUAUUUAUGACAGUUACUGGUAUACCCUACCUUCGGAUUCGAGAAAUCUGUUGAAAACAGUAAUGCUGAAAUGUAUAAAACCCAACACUUUUACAGCGGGGAAAUUGUAUUGUUUUUCAAUGAGUAAUUUCGGUUCUGUGAUAAAAACAUCAUUGUCUUAUUUCACAGUACUGGUAUCUAUUCGUGAGUAAAAUUCAGGUGGUAAGAAAUAAUUUACCGUUAACUUUGACUAAAUAAAUUUUUCAUAAUUUUCUACGUAAGUAAACUUAAUUUAUAAAUUUAAUUCUAUACGUAUUUUAUAAUUUACAAGACGUUCUAGGGGUACGUAGUGCAUUUUUGAAAAUUAAUAUUUCUAUAUAAGAUAUCUUUUUACGAUGAGAAUCGUUGAUGCUAUUUUAAUUUUAGGUAAUCACUUGAAAUCCCUAGGACGUCGCGCGAUAUGAUUCACCACAAAAAAUUAUAAAUAAUUCUAGAAUAUAACUUUAUCAAUAAGCAAGUAAGAUAAGUUA